AAAAGUUUUUCUGAUAUAUAUUUGAAAUCAGGUUUGCUUAAAAACCACAUGCAUUUUCAACUAUCUAUAACCUCCUUGCAAAUUAGUUGAAAAUUUUUUUAAAACAUCAAGAAAUCAUUGUUUAAAGUUUAGAUUUGUAAAAUGCCUGAAACAAUGGAAUAUACCACAAAUGAAGAAUUAGCUGAGAUUGUUAAUAAAGACCAAAAUGUUGAAAUUAUAGCUUUUGUAGAAAACUUGAUAGCCCCUGUUCAAGUAGGAGAAAAGAAAUGGUGGCUUUUCAAAGUUAUUUUGAGCAACGGCAGCAAGAAAAUUAUGGUUUUGACCUGGGGUAAAGAGUUGAUCGAAUUAUAUCAACCUCAGUUAACAAUCAAUAAGAUUGUACAUUUGGAAAAAGCAACUUCUAAGUUGACUAAUUCCAAUUUUCGUAAAGAUGAAGCAUUGAUCGAUUAUGAAUUGAUAGUUGGAAAAGCUACAUCAGUCAAGUUUUUAGGCAUUCAUGUUAAUGAUCAGCCAGUUCAUGUCGUUACAAGAACUGUUAGUUUUCCAGACACUGUUGGUUUGCUUGGGCCGAUAAGGAUUGUGGGCUGGUUGAAAACUAAAUUUUCUCUCAUCACUAAUCAAAAUAAUACAGCUAGCUGAGGCAGUGGAGCUAUAACCGAUAAAACGUUUAAGAUAAAUGUACAAAUUGCUCACUUCGUCAGCUCAGACAUCGAAAAAGGAGUUAAGAUUGAACUUGAAGGGGAGCUCAAGACAACUGAAAUACCAAUAACUAUCCACUGUUCGGACAUGAGUAAAAUAAAAAUCCUACAAGGGGAACCUAAAAUAAGUGAAGGAGAAUUGCGCAAGGGAUGUCGUACACCAAGAAAACCUCUGGAGGACAAAACCAAUGAUUCUGAAGAGCCAGCUAAGAAAAAAAGCCAGAUAAAAAUGGUUUUAGAGAAAUCUACAGAUGAGGAUGCGCUUGAUUAAGUUUUCUUUUAAAAAAUUCGAUUUUACAUAUUCUUUAACGUAAAACUUUUAACUUAUCGUUAUCAUUUUGAUUCUUCUUUAUAUUUUUAAAAAAGGUUAAAAACUUUCAACUUUACUCUGUCAUCAUUUGGAUUAACGUAAAAACUCUUUUAACCUAACUCAAUGUCAUUACUUUCAAUAUUUUUUUAAUUUGAACAUUUUUAAUUUUAAAAUUUUACUUUUAAAAACGUCAAAAACUUUCAACUUUACUCUGUCUCUAAUUUGGAUUAACGUAAAAGCUUUUUUAACCUAACUCAA